AUGUCCAAUAUUCUUUACAAUAAUCAGCAUAAAUUAAACCAAAAGCCUAUUUAUGAUCCAACAGCUUUUAAGAAAAUGCUUGAAACAGCUGAUGAAAAUUUAAUUGGCUUUUUUGAUGAAUUAUAUAUUGGAACUAGAGCUCCUAAUGAGUCGAUUUUAAAGCAUAUUGGAUCAUAUUUACAAACUUCUGGUACAUCUUCAUCUUCUAUUGAUAUAUUAGCAAAUAUAGGAUUUUCAAUAACAAGAAAAACAGUAAAUCGUCAAAAAGCUCUUAUUUCUGAAAGUCAUCAAGAUACUAUAAAUAAUUACUGUUUACAAAAUAUUGAAAAUAUGUUUAUACUUAAUAUUGAUAAUUAUCAUAAUAUUCACUGA